CUUCUCAUAUAUAGCAGGUGGCCAAGUUAUAAUAGAGGCGAAAUCAACAUGACAAGAAGAUCUACCGUAAGCCCACAAGAAUACAAAUUAUCAGAAGGGAAAGACACACAAAGACUACCAGUAUCUAUGCAUACAUGCACACACGCUCACAUACACACACACACACAGAUAGAGAGCGAGAGAGAGAGGGAGAGUCAUAUAAAUGCACAGUUUGUGGCGCAUAUAAAAACGGAAAGAAAAUUUGAAUUUUUAAAUUAGUUUUUGUUAACUUUUGCUGCUGUCGUCGAGGUCGCUUUCGUUGUUGUUGUUGUUGUUGUUGCUGUGCUUUUGGCAUAGCCUGGAAAUGUUUAACGACUCGUAAGGAAAUUGCAAAGUAAAAUGUCUUCAGGAAUUUCAACAUUUUUUAUGCAGGAAGCACCGGCAGCAACAGCAACAGCAGACACAGCAAAUGUAAUAAAAAGCAAGCAAAACAGCAACAACAACAACAACAACAGCAACAGCAAGAGCAACAACAACUGAAAAAGAAACCACAAGAUGACGGUAAGGUAAGUGAGUGGGCGGUGGCUUAGUGGAUUGCUGGCUUUGGCUGCCACAAAAUGGCGAAUUAAAUUUGAAAUUGCUAGAGAGAGAGAGGGAACGAGAGAGAGAGAGAGAGAGAGAAGUGAUGCGAUAUGGUGAUGCUGCAGUCACCAGUGCAAAAGCCUAGCGAUAGCAUUGGGGCACAGCCCACGGCCGUCGGCGGCCUGAUGAGUCCCAAUUCGAAUCCGGACUCGCCCAAGUCAAACACCUCGCCCGAUCUGGCCAACGUGGGCGGCAAUGGGGGCGCCGAGCUGGUGUCGGUGUCCAGCACUGCGACCAGCGCCAGCACAUCCAUCAGCGCGCCCGUGGCCAAGUUGCCCAAGUUUAUCAUAGCCGCCAGUGGACAAGCGGCCAAGCAGGAGCAGGACCUGCGCUACUCCAUUGAGCGCUUGAAGCAGAUGAGCAGCGAGAGUGCGGGAAUGCUCAGCCGCCUGACGCCCACUCAAGAAGAUGUCGACAAGGAGAAGACCAACAACAACAAUAAUAACAACAACAACAACAAUAACAUGGCCAACAACAACAAGAGCAACGUGCGCCGCUCACAGUCGCCGCCCGCCUCGGGCGUCAGCGUCGGCGUCUUCCCAUUGCCAGCGCAGCAGCGCAAACUGCUGGAGCUGAGUGCAGUGCGUCACUUGGCACGGCCGGAGCCAUUGCAGCAUCCACAUGCCGCACUGCUGCAGCAGCACCCGCACCUGCUGCAGAACCCACAGUUUCUAGCCGCUGCCGCGCAGCACCACCACCACCAGCAGCAACAGCAACAGCAGCAGCAGCAGCAGCACAUGCACCACCAUCACCACCAUUCAGCUCACUCACAUCCGCAUCAUGCAGCAGCCGCUGUGUUCCAUCUGCGAGCACCUGCAGCGAUAGCCAAUGCCAGCAACACCACUGCACCACCCUCGCCAGCCACAUCGCCACUGUCGCCACCCACAUCACCCAGCACUGGCACAGGCACAGGCGCUGGCUCCGGCAGCUGCCAGACGACACAUUCCGAGCCGCAAAGGGAUUCGCCCCCGGGCAACACCGCAGCACCAGCAAAUCCUUCGCAUACAGCUCUCGCAGCACCGCCCCAGCAUCCACAGCAUCCACAGCCACCGCCACCGCCGCCACAGGCAAUGCAGCAGCACUUGGGCGCCGGGCCGCAUCCAGGGAUGGGCAGCAUUAGUCCGACAUCCGCCAAUGAGAUGGAUCUGGAGCGGAUUAAGCUGGUGGCCGCGGUUGCCGCGCGCUCCAGCCAAAGCCAAGCGCCCAGCACAUCCACCGCCGCCUCGACCAGCUCCGCCUCCGUCUCGCCCCCUGGCCGCGACUUGAGUGAUUACGGUUUCAGAAUACAGCUGGGCGGCCUGGCGGCAGCGGCUGCUGCGGCGGCGGCCACAUCUCGCCAGAUUGCGGCCGCUAAUUAUGCGCGCAGCGACACCAGCGAAGAGCUCAAUGUGGAUGGCAACGACGAGGACAGCAAUGAUGGCUCCGGAUCGCACAGCACGCCGUCGGUCUGCCCAGUGGAUCUGACGCGCUCCGUGCCGAAUGGCGCGAACAGUGCGAGCACCGCCUCCACCAGUGGAGCCAGCGACAGAGAGGCCACCAAACGGCUCGCCUUCUCCGUGGAGAACAUCCUGGACCCCAACAAGUUCACGGGCAACAAAUUGCCAGCGACAGCGCCACCUUUCGGGCAUCCGCGCCAAUGGAGCUACGAUCGGGAUGAGGACAUGCACGAUCACCUGGACGACGAGCACAGCGAGGACAUGUCUGCUCAGGAUCUCAAUGACAUGGAUCACGAUGACAUGUGCGACGAUGGCAGCGACAUAGACGAUCCCAGCAGCGAGACCGACUCCAAGAAAGGCGGCAGUCGCAAUGGCGAUGGCAAGUCAGGCAGCGGUGGCGGCGGCGGUGGGUCCAAGCCGCGCAGGGCGCGCACCGCCUUCACCUACGAGCAGCUGGUUUCACUGGAGAACAAGUUCAAGACAACGCGCUAUUUGAGCGUGUGCGAGCGCUUGAACUUGGCGCUCAGCCUGAGCCUGACUGAGACGCAGGUGAAGAUCUGGUUCCAGAAUCGACGCACCAAGUGGAAGAAACAAAAUCCGGGCAUGGAUGUGAACAGCCCGACGCUGCCGCCGCCCACUGGUGGAUCGUUUGGGCCCGGCGCGUAUGCCAGCAGCCUGCUCUAUCCGCACGCCGUGCCCUAUCCGCCGUACGGGCCCUACUUCCACCCCCUGGGCGCCCACCACUUGAGCCACUCCCACUCAUAAAAUUGCAAGAUGCAACAGCGUUUGUUGCAAAUCUUCGAAAAGCGAGCCAAGGACGCCGCCCCCGAGGCGCGACGGCCCGACGCAUUGUAAAUAUGAAACUGCUUUAAGUGUUGUUUAGUCAGUCUCCCGCCUGUAAAUAGUUCGUGUAUUAUAUUGCCAUUCGUAGCCAACGAAGCCCAAUGAUGUUGCCCAGUCAAUGUUUGACAUAUCUACCCCCUUAUAAUUACUUUAUCGAAUUACAAAUUAUGAGUAUGUAAUUAUUAUGAUACUAAGUAUGUAUGAGUAUGUAACGCUAUGUUAGCAUUUAAGUGGCAAGCAAAAUCAAAAAU